AUGUCUUCCGAGCAGACCUUCAUUGCCAUCAAGCCCGACGGUGUCCAGCGCGGACUCGUUGGCCCCAUCAUCUCUCGCUUCGAGAACCGUGGCUUCAAGCUCGUUGCUCUGAAGCUCUGCUCCCCCGGCCGUGAGCACCUCGAGAAGCACUACGCUAACCUCAAGGAGAAGCCCUUCUUCCCCGGUCUCGUCUCCUACAUGCUCUCUGGCCCCAUCUGCGCCAUGGUCUGGGAGGGCCGUGACGCCGUCAAGACCGGCCGCACCAUCCUCGGUGCCACCAACCCCCUUGCCUCCGCCCCCGGCACCAUCCGUGGUGACUACGCCAUCGACGUCGGCCGCAACGUCUGCCACGGUUCCGACUCCGUCGAGAACGCCCAGAAGGAGAUUGCCCUCUGGUUCUCCCCCAGCGAGCUCCAGCAGUGGAAGCACUCCCAGUUCGACUGGAUCUACGAGAAGGCCUAA